CCCCUCUUCAUUUACUUAUGUUCUGUGGUGGACAGCACGACAGCAUCGGCCAUUUUGGUAUUGGAUUCUUCGUUGUGUGGCUGUUUCUUGGCUUGUCUGCAGGUUCAAAGUUUCCGUACUUUUUGGGGAAAUGGUAAAGAUGGAGCACGAGGAAGGUGGAAAAACGGAGCCCGAACACAUACGGAAGCUUUUCAUUGGUGGUCUGGACUACCGAACGACUGAUGAAUCUCUGAAAAAACAUUUUGAACAGUGGGGCGAAAUUGUUGAUGUUGUUGUUAUGAAGGACCCGAAAACAAAAAGGUCACGGGGCUUUGGUUUCAUUACAUACUCCCGAGCACAUAUGGUAGAUGAUGCACAGAAUGCUCGUCCUCAUAGAGUGGAUGGCAGGGUUGUGGAACCUAAGCGGGCCGUUCCUAGACAGGAAAUUGGACGUCCAGAAGCUGGUGCCACUGUGAAAAAGCUUUUUGUUGGAGGUUUGAAGGAAGAUAUGGAGGAAGAUGACCUCCGAGAGUACUUCAAAGAGUUUGGCCCUAUAGUCUCAUGUGCUAUAGUUACUGACAAAGAAACCGGCAAAAAACGAGGUUUUGGAUUUGUUGAGUUUGAAGAUUAUGAUCCUGUGGAUAAAAUAUGUUUGCAAAGAACUCACCAAAUUAGAGGGAAGCAUAUUGAUGUUAAAAAGGCUCUGAGUAAGGCAGAAAUGGCAGGCCAGGGCCCUGGUGGUAGAUCUGGUGGUGGUGGCGGCGGAGGCGGUCGUGGAGGAGCUCGUGGAGGCGGAGGAGGAGGAUCCUGGGGUGGACGUGGAAGUAGUGGCGAUUGGAAUGCUGGAGGUGGCUACAACAGUGGUGGAUGGGGAGGUGGAGACCCGUGGGAAAAUCAAGGUGGUGCGGGUGGUGGCUGGGGCCAAGGUGGUGGCCAGGGAUAUAACAGUGGGGGUGGAAAUUGGAGCAGUGACAGUUUCGGUGGUGGCUACCAACAGAAUUAUGGUGGUGGUCCAGUGAGAGGGAGUUUUGGAGGCAGUGGCGGUGGACGUCCAAGCCCAUAUUCGGGUGGUGGUGGCGGCGGAUACAGCACUGGAGGUGGUGUUGGUGGAUAUGGCGGAGGUGCAAGGCGAUAUUAAACCAUUCAGAAAGCAUUUUACUUUGCCUGGCACUGUGGUUCUGCUACUGUACCUUAGGGCUAGCUGACAGGGCAGGCAUAGUGAGGAAGGCAGACGAGGCAGGCUAAAUGAGACACAGGGCGAAGGCAGGAUUUAGCGAGCAGUUUAGCCGACCCAUUCAGCAUUGCCCAUGCAUAUGGGUACACAAUAUAGGCCAUCCUUACAGCCCGUAGUCACAUCAAGACACAAGUGUUGUAUUCUUGUCAGUGGUUUAAAGUUUUUUUAAACAAAUUAUUGCACAUAAACAGUGUUAAUCUUGAAAAAAAACAAUAAAUAAUAGGAGUAAACGUGCACGCAAACCAAAAUGUAAAUUGAAUAACAUUUGAUGUAUGUGUUGGUUGCGUAUUACAUUUCCACAUGAUUUUUAUUAGUGUCUUAUUUCAUUCUUCCAUUGUUUCAUCGCUAGUGAAAAGAAAUGGCUUGUUUCUUGACAUGAAUCGACAUAUUAUACAGUGACAUUAUUUUGAAGGUUUGUGUUAAUCAGAUUGUGACUUUCUAUUCCCCAAGAAAUACAUAUUUACUCUACAGAAUAAUUUAGUAGUAGUGUAAUUAGAUGUGUAUCAGUAUUAAACUUAUAUAUAUAUAUAUAUAUAUGGGUUUUCUGGGUCAAAAAUAGUACCAGUUUUAUGUGUGUAUGGUGAUUUUCUGUGUAGAAAGAUGUAUUGUUUAGUAUUUUAUUUCUGGACAGAGGUAAUGAAACUUUAGGAUUACAGUUUUCUGAUUGUCACCAUUGAAUUGUCAGAUUCUCAAUUUGUGUGGUUUAAAAGUCUGCCAGUUUUGUUAGUACCUUACAUAGGUCUGAUUCAUUGAGAGGUGACUACAACACAUUUGUAUCAAAUGACAUAUUUUGUCUGCUUUACGGAAAUUCAGAAGUUUUGUCAGUUAUAUUAAUGCUACAGUUAUGGUGUUUUUAGUGUACUGUCUUGUAUGAAACAAUACUAACUAGAUAUGUAGAAGAGAGAAAUCCUAGAUGUAAUGCUAAAAUGUUCCAAGAAACAGCGGCAUUCUACAAUAAUACAUCCUCCCUCAAAUUUCAUGCUUGGUUAAUACAUUCUUUUGUUUGAAUUAUGUACUGAUUAUUAUAGGAAUGUUGGCUACACUGAAAAAAAGGGAUGCCUGGUAACAUUAGGUAGGAGGUUCAGUACUUGUGUAGUAUGGGUUAAAUUCUGUAAUUUUAUCUGCAAUUAAAACUGGUCAUGUGUAGGAG